AUGUCAUCAACUAUUGAUUUAGAAGAUGAAUAUAAUCCAACUGUUCCAUCAAUAUUACCUCAUGAAAAAGUAUAUUCAAUUCAAGUUGGUUACAAGUUAUUUCGUUUAAGUGGACUUUCAUUAUCAUCAGAUGCCCCGUCUUAUUUCACAAAAUAUUUCGAAACUCCGGAAAAUGAAGAGAAAGUGUUAUUUUUUGAUAGAAAUCCAUUAAUAUUUGAAAAAAUUUAUAAUCAUUUACAAGGUUAUUCAAUUUCAAUUAAAGAUGAUGUUGAAUUUAUUCAUUUAUAUAGUGAUUGUUUUUAUUUUGGUUUGAAAAGAUUACAAAAAAUCCUUAUUGAACAAGAUAUAUUUGCAAAUAUUGGUGGAGUCACAUUUAAAAUUCCUCAAAGUUUAGUUAAUACCCCAGGAAAUUCUCCAAAUUUUUUCACUAUUAAUUAUGAUCGAUUAUUAAUUGAUAAUUUAAAUUUAAUUGAAUCAAAAAAUAUGUUGAGACCUCCUCCACAAUAUCCUCCUGCAGUAACUAAUAGAUCAAGUCAAUUAUUUCAAGAUUUAUUGGAAUUUUCAAGAGGUAAUUCUAUAAUUAUUAAAAACGAUGAUCAUCGAAGUUUAUUAAUUAAGGAAGCAAGAUAUUAUAGAUUUUUGGAAUUGGAACAAAAAUUAAUCAAGCAUAGAAUAACUCCAUUAGGUGAUAUAGUAAUUAAUAUCAAUGAUGUUGCAAGAAGAGGUUUAGUUAAUGAAUCAACAAGAGAAAUGGAAAGAUCAAUAUUGUACAGUCGUCCUUAUAUUAAAGAACAACCAAAAGAUUUAAUUUUCCAAAUUGAUGGCAAAGAUUAUGAUCAUGCUGAUAUAAAAUUAAUUCUAAAUAAAAAAACUAAAUUACCAACUGUUAAAAUUACAAAUAAAGCAUGCCAUAAAUUGCAUCAAGUUUUCAAAGAACAUAUUAGUGAAGUUGUUAGAGAUGAUAAAAGUUUAUUGUUUUUUGUUGGUUUUAAUAAUUCAACUACUUUUAUAAACGGCAAAGAAAUGAAUUCAAAUUGGGUUAAUGAAAUCUUGGAAAUAUCAAUAGAUGCCGAGAAUGAUCAAGAUAAAGAAAAACCAACUAAAAAGAAGAGAAAAAUCGACGAUUCAAAAGAACAAGAUAAAAAUGCCAGUGCAAUUCAUAAUAAUAACGCUACUUCUAAGACCAUUGAUAAUAAAUCAACUGGUGAUAUUAUUGAGAUCAAUUUAUCAAAAUCAUUAUGGAAACUUAUGAUGAGAGGUCCACUAGCAAGAUUACAUGCUGUAACUAUAGAAGGAUAUACUUGUUCAUCUGAAUCAACCAUUGACUUUUUGUAA